GACGUCCCUUCAAGGCAAUUCCAUUGCCGGUCCAUGAAUUUUGCGGUGUUGUGGACGUGUAAAUUUCCUAUUUCUUGUUAAAUUUAUGCAAUGAUAGUUAAGAUGGCUUCAGAAGCUUCAGCUCAGUUAAUCCAAAUCCUCGAAAAAACUGUUUCUCCAGAUAAAAAUGAGUUGGAGGCUGCCCAGAGCUAUUUGGAACAAGCUGCUCAGACUAAUCUGCCUGAAUUUGUCAAAACACUUUCCGAUGUGUUACACCAUGGGGGCAACAGCCCAGUUGCUAGGAUGGCUGCGGGUCUUCAACUCAAAAAUACCCUCACUUCCAAAGACCAAACAGUCAAACUACAAUACCAACAACGAUGGCUGGCAUUCCCAGAAGAUGUCAGACUGUAUAUUAAAAAGAAUAUCGUCGGAGCCCUGGGUACGGAGAACAACAGACCAAGUUCAGCGGCACAGUGUGUCGCGUACGUGGCCGUGGCCGAGCUACCAGCUGGACAGUGGCCGGACCUUAUCAGUCUGUUGGUCAACAACGUCAUCAGCGGAGGCAGCACUGAGAUGAUGAAGGAGGCCACACUAGAGGCCAUCGGCUACAUCUGUCAAGACAUUGAGCAAGAUGUGCUGAUUUCUCAGUCCAACCAGAUUUUAACAGCCAUUAUUCACGGCAUGCGGUCGUUGGAGCCUAGCAAUCAUGUUCGACUGGCUGCUACUACUGCGCUAUUCAACUCACUGGAGUUUACCCGUGCUAACUUUGACAAAGAGUCGGAGAGGAACUACAUCAUGGAGGUGGUCUGUGAAGCUACUCAGUCCCCGGACACUCAGAUCAAGGUGGCCGCCUUACAAUGUCUAGUCAAGAUAAUGUCUCUGUACUACCACUACAUGGAACCUUACAUGGGCCCUGCACUCUUCCCUAUAACAUUGGAAGCCAUGAAGUCGGAUGUGGACGAGGUGGCGCUGCAGGGUAUAGAGUUCUGGUCCAACGUGAGUGAUGAGGAAGUAGACCUAGCUAUAGAGGACACUGAGGCCGCAGAGGUAGGCCGUCCGCCACAACGUACCUCCAAGUUCUACGCCAAGGGAGCCCUACAGUACCUGGUGCCGGUGUUGAUGACUAAACUAACCAAACAGGAAGAGUUUGAUGAUGAAGAUGACUGGAACCCCAGCAAAGCAGCGGGUGUGUGCCUCAUGUUGCUAGCCACGUGCUGCGAGGAUGCCAUUGUUCCUUUUGUCCUGCCCUUUGUCAAAGAAAACAUCAAGAGCCCCAACUGGCGGUUUAGAGAUGCGGCACUUAUGGCUUUUGGUUCUAUCCUCGGAGGAUUAGAAAAUGGAACAUUACGGCCUCUAGUAGAGCAAGCCAUGCCGACACUGAUAGAGCUCAUGUACGACUCUAGUGUGGUUGUGAGAGACACAGCCGCAUGGACGUUCGGAAGGAUUUGUGAGAUAAUCCCGGAGGCGGCAAUAAACGAGAACUACCUGAAACCUCUGCUAGAGUCUCUCGUGAAUGGACUGAAGGCGGAGCCGAGAGUAGCAACCAACGUCUGCUGGGCUUUCACUGGACUGGCGGAGGCUGCUUACGAAGCUGUGGAAGGUAAUGAGGAGGGAGCACAACCAGAGACAUACUGCCUGUCUGAAUACUUUGACUUCAUCAUCGCACGAUUGUUGGAGACCACGGAUAGGCCUGAUGGAGCUCAGGCCAAUCUGAGAUCAGCAGCGUAUGAAGCACUGAUGGAGAUGGUGAAGAACUCUCCAGCCGACUGCUAUGUGACAGUGCAGCGUACUACCAUGGUGAUACUGGAGAGGCUCAACCAGGUGUUGCAGAUGGAGAACCACAUACAGAGCAACACAGACCGAGCGCAAUACAACGACUUGCAGAGUCUAUUGUGUGCCACUCUACAGAGCGUACUUCGCAAAGUGACGCCAGACGACGCACCGCAGAUUUCUGACGCCAUCAUGACUGCUCUGCUGCAAAUGUUCAACUCAAACACAUGCAAGUCAGGGGGUGUUCAGGAAGACGCCAUCAUGGCUGUGUCUACCCUGGUGGAGGUGCUGGGAGAAGGGUUCCUUAAGUACAUGGACGCCUUCAAACCAUUCCUGUGUCUGGGUCUGAAGAACCACGCUGAAUACCAGGUGUGCAACUCAGCUGUGGGUUUGACUGGAGACAUCUGCAGAGCUUUAAAAAACAAAGCUUUACCUUACUGUGAUGAAAUAAUGACUCUAUUGCUGGAAAAUCUAGGGGACAAUACAGUGCAUAGGUCUGUUAAACCACAGAUUCUGUCAGUUUUUGGUGACAUCGCCCUCAGUAUCGGUCAUGAGUUCAAGAAAUACCUUGAUGUUGUUCUUCAAACUCUAGUACAGGCUUCACAGGCACAAGUUGAUAGGACUGAUUUUGACAUGUUGGAGUAUCUGAAUGAGUUGAGGGAAGGUAUAUUGGAGGCAUACACAGGCAUUAUUCAGGGGUUGAAGGGUGAUGGGCCUACGCCUAACCCUGAUAUUUUGCUGUUGGAGCCCCACGUACCAUUCAUCAUUCAGUUCAUCACACUGGUCGCGUGUGACACUGAUAAGGCAGAUAGCAACGUUGCUGCGUGUGCUGGGCUGAUCGGGGACCUCUGCUCUGCAUUUGGUUCAAAGCUGUUUGCAAUGCUUGACGUUGAUCCGGUGAAUGAACUGCUGACUCAGGGUAGAAGAUCUAGAGUUUCAAAAACCAAGACUUUGGCCACCUGGGCUACCAAGGAAAUGAGGAAGCUCAAAGCUGCCACCUCUAGCUGAUCCAACCUAGAAUGUAGAAACGGACCGACUGUCGUUGUAUUCCUACUUUUUGGUUGUCUUCUGCAUAAAAACCCCACACAACUCUGGUUGGAGCAGGCAGCAGUUUCCGACCAGUGAAGUGCAAGUGAAGUGUGAAGUGACGACAGUGUUGUGCGUACGAACGUAUGCGUGUGAUAAGAGGGGCGGACUCCCUAUCCUUGUUUAUAUCUUCAGGAAAAUUAAUUCGGUCAGCUCUGUAUCCGGCAAAACGUCUAACAUAUCCAGUGUUACAAUUGGUUACUGAGAGAUGACGAUGCAUUCCGACUACAACAGGUGCUUCACUCUUCUGAUAAAAAACAUUUGUUACAUUCGACUGAAGUGCCUUGGUUUAUAGCUCAGGUUAAUUUGUUGCUUCCUCAACCAAAGAUUUUCGCACGUCGUUUAGUGUGAAUUUAAUUUUUAAGUAGGAUUGUCCAAAUUAGACUGUUUAGUUUAAAGCAAUAAUCAAAGUUGUUUUGACUGCAAUCGCGACCUAGUCUUUAGAAGACUUCUUAACUCAGUCAUGUCUAUUGUAGUUUGUUUCCUUAUUAAAAUUGUUCCAUGUUUUAACCUCGUUUUGAACCAUUUCUAUUGUAAAUGUUAUUACUUGUCGAAUUUAAAUUCAUUUCCGUAGCAGGUUUAUUGUCUAAAUAUACUUAAGCCACUUAUUUUAUUCGGAGGUAAAUAAGCUAAACGACUUAAACACUAGGUUAUCUUAUUUAAUAAAUUUUGACAAAUGCCACAAAUGUUACUGUGAUUGAUAGGUUAGUAUAAAGUUCUUACGCGGACUCAUUGUAUUCCUUUUAGUCAUUGCCGGUACAAAAAUGUUUCCCGUUGCGUUUAUAUUUGUCCUUACCAUUUGGUUAAUGAACGAAUUUUUAAUUUUAUACUUUUUGAAAUUUUAAUAUGUUUUGUACUUUUAUUUAUAUACGAUUGGACUAAUCAUAUGUAUAUUAAGAAUCAAUUUAGGACGGUUAUAUUUUGAUAAACCGAUAAGACUAACUUAGAAUGCGUUAGGUAAUUAGUAAUAGGUUAAGCUGACCUGAGCUACCAUUAAAAUUACACUGUGAUCGGCGAUCCAUCGCCCGAAUACUUGAUUUAUUCCUGAUAGUGUGAUAAUGCGUCCCUCGUAUGUGUGUAGUCUAUGCCAGCCGAAGUGUGUUCUAAACACUUCCAAAGGUAUGGAAGUUAUAAUUGCAUUGUAUCAAUGAUGUUUGUAAGUACGUAUGUCUGUUAUUGUUGACCAUUGUGAGUGUGUAUGAGUGAGUGAAUGAGUGAGCGAGUCCAGUGCCAUGACAGUUCAGCUGGUCAUAUCCGUAUCCGGUGGCGACCCAAUCCCGUAGCUCCCUGCUCUAGCUUGCUUUCGUCCCCACCAAAAGGUAAUCGUUUAAGUUUCAUUCCCUCGUCUAUUAAGUAUGUUUUUGAAUUUUAUUGUUUAAAAAGACCUUUACUUUGUUAAAAUCUAGCAAAAUUAUUUUUAAAUGAAACAAAACUGUUUGUGUUAAAAAAAUACAUAGUUGUAUGGAAAUAAAGAUGCAGAAUCUACAAAG